ACAGCUGCCUUGAAGGACACACAUAAAAAUUGCUUUCUGCUUCUAAGAUCAGUGGCUAAACUGACAGAAGAGCAGAAAUCUCAACUAGCAAGCAAGUCGCAGCAAUGAAGAAUUUAGUGUGUGCGUGUUCAAGCGACGGGGGGGAAUUCUGGCAGGGGGGAGAUUUUAGGCACGACACCGGUCUCUCAGGCAGCCUCACGGUCUGAUGAGGGUGGGAGAUCCGAGGAUCUGAACCCGAGGUAGAUGCCACUGGAGAGGGAGAACCGAGCACAAAGACGCAGGUACCUCCGGAUCCGAUCUUGAAUGUGAAGCCCCCAAGGAAGAAGGCGCCGGAACGGUAAAGCUGUUUCUGGUCUUUGUCAGAUCCGGGUUCAACAUCUCCAUGGAAACUUCCGUUGGCAGAGGACGCUUUCUAUGACUUCCACGGCAAGGUGACGUACAUCCAUGGCUGGUUGGUUGGGUCGAGAACAUCUCCGUUCUCCAGGGAAGGGGGAGACCCCUUCGGGGAUGGAACCCUGCAGAGCACCGACCAGUCGGCUGUAUAGAGCCGACACGGCGGCGAAACUUCCACCAGACCAGUGCCGCGUUCGGCAACUGGGUUGGAAGAAAGAUAAAAACUAGGCGGGCGUGUGUUCCCCAGUAGCUUGUGUAUGUUUGCUACUUGCUUGUUACGAGUAGCCACUUCGCUCCUGUAGUCCUCCACAAGCAAGUAGUUGCUACAUUGAAAGUCAGCGCGGUCCACAUUGACCCGGAACAAAGCAAAGUAAACACGGUUCCCGCAGCGCUAUAAACUUUCAAUAGUGGCCUGCAUUUGACACCUCCGAGCCAGCUACCGCAGUGUCUCUCCCCCUAUGCGGUCUGGCAGUUACAUUGAUUUCUAAUGUAACUGCGCGCUAUUGAAGUUGGUGGAUCAGACCAUCUACUAAUGGGGUGCGUUUUCACAUGUUACGGUCAAUUCGGAGGAGUUCACGCUAUGGAGAGUGAAACGAACGGAAACAUCUCUUCCCAGCUUCACCUGAACAAUCGCAUUAACGCGAAUGACAGGGUUGACACCUAUGGGUUUGAGAAGCCUGAGGGUUAUGAAUCCUAUGAGGAGAUGAUGGCUCAAUAUGUAGCCGUUCUCACCAGGCAGUCUGUCAAGUGGUCCAAACUCCUGCAGGGGAAAGUCCACGUGGAAAAUAACCUGAAGGUGAAGCGGUAUGUGCGUAAGGGUGUGCCCAACGAGUACCGAGCCCAGAUCUGGAUGGCAGCCAGCGGGGCCCAGGAACACCUGGAGAAGAACCCGGGGUACUACCACUCUCUGCUGGGCACCGAGCAGCAGCACGACGCCAAGCUGGAGGAGACAGUCCGCAUAGACAUGCACAGGACAUUCCCCGAAAACGUGCAGUUCCGGAAGAGCUCUGAGCCCUGUCUGCAGAAGGCUCUGUACAAUGUGCUGCUGGCGUACGGACACCACAACCAGGUUGUGGGAUACUGCCAGGGUAUGAAUUUCAUUGCAGGCUACCUCAUCAUCAUCACUAAGGAUGAAGAGAAGUCCUUCUGGCUGAUGGAUGCAUUAUUGGGAAGAAUACUCCCCGACUACUACAGCCCGGCCAUGCUGGGGUUGAAGACGGACCAGGAGGUGUUGGGGGAGCUGGUAAGGGUCAAAGCCCCAGCUGUGUGGCAGACCAUGGUCCAACACAACGUCAUGUGGACCUUGGUGGUCUCCCAAUGGUUCAUCUGCCUCUACAUCGACGUUCUGCCUGUAGAGACAGUUCUGCGGAUCUGGGAUUGCCUGUUUUACGAGGGUUCUAAGAUCCUGUUCCGCGUGGCUUUGACUCUGAUUCGCCACCACCAGGCUGAGAUCCUGCAGGCCCGCUCCAUGGUCGAGGUGUGUGAGUGCUUCAAACUGAUCACUCAGGGAGCCUUUACAUACGACUGCCACACCUUCAUGCAGGAAGGCCUCCUUUCUCUUCUUCCUGAUAUUGACAGGAAAUCCUCCUUUCUCUUAUUCCUGAUAUUGACAGGAAAUCUUCAGGGAACCAGGAAGUCUCUCCAUGGCAACCAUCACUAAGCUGCGGGAGACGUACAGAGAGCGUAUCGUGGCGGAGGAGACCAGACUCUGCCCCUGACCACCACUAAUAACCUCCCUAAAGCAAUCGCCUGGCCGUGUUCCAGGUCAUUUUUGUUGCCCUGACGCUAAAAAGAUUAUUAGAUCUCACAAUCCCUGGGGAAAUGUGUAAUAUCUCAGGAACCAUAUGAUGACAUCUGAGGUGCUAAAAUGGUCUGAGCGAUUGUAGUACCCCAUCUAACUGAAUAUUAUUUAUUUGUUCUCAGGUAGCAAUUCUUUGCAUUGUAAAAAGCUAACUGUAAUUUUCCUGUGGUAGGAUUUUGGGAACAAUAGGUUGGGGUUUGUUAGAGUGGAGUUUAUUUUUAAAUAUUUUUUUAACCUUUAUUUAGUCCAGUUAAGAAUAAAUUCUUAUUUUACAAUGACAGCCUACCGGGGAACAGUGGGUUAACUGCCUUGUUCAGGGGCAGAAUGACUCAGCUCAGGGAUUCGAUCCCACAACCUUUUGGUUACUGUCCCAAUGCUCAGACCACUAGGCUACCUGCCGCCCACAAUAUGUAAGCAUAGGCUUGUUGGGUUGAAGAUAAUGAGGUGUCACCUCUGAAAUGAAGUCGCGGGCUGUAGUCCACUCCUCCACGAAGUGUACACUCCCACCCAGGAAUCGUCUGGGAAAAUAAAUUACAGCCUAUACUUACACCAUCCUAUACUUACACCAUCCUAUACUUACACCAGCCUAUACUUACACCAUCCUAUACUUACACCAGCCUAUACUUACACCAGCCUAUACUUACACCAGCCUAUACUUACACCAUCCUAUACUUACACCAGCCUAUACUUACACCAGCCUAUACUUACACCAUCCUAUACUUACACCAUCCUAUACUUACACCAGCCUAUACUUACACCAGCCUAUACUUACACCAGCCUAUACUUACACCAUCCUAUACUUACACCAUCCUAUACUUACACCAUCCUAUACUUACACCAUCCUAUACUUACACCAGCCUAUACUUACACCAUCCUAUACUUACACCAGCCUAUACUUACACCAUCCUAUACUUACACCAUCCUAUACUUACACCAUCCUAUACUUACACCAGCCUAUACUUACACCAGCCUAUACUUACACCAUCCAAAUGCUUUAAAUCCAUGAACAAGUGCAUACCUAGGCCCGAAUCCUAACUUGAUCUGUGCAUGUAUGUUUCUGCGCUCAUCUUCCAUUGAAUGCAUGAAUUAUGCUUGUGUAAUCAUACCUCUAUAGAUUUUGACUUUAGGGUAAAAGGUUUUGGAAUUGGACCUUUUUACUGUUUUGCCACAAUAAAGAACUGCUCCC